UCGUAGCGCGCCUACGUGGUCGAGCAAGUUUCGUAGCAUUUAAACAGUAUAUAGAAAGGAAUUAUGUAUGUGUGCGUAGUAAGCGUUGAGUUUUUCACUGUGUGUAAAAUUGUUAUGUAAAAAGUGGAUAAGUUUUUGUCUGAUAGUUCAACGUACAAUAUAAUUGUGAAAGCGAAUGGUAGCGGCUUGUACGGAUUGGACGAUGAUGGCGCUUUCAGGAGCGAGGUAGAAGCGCGCGGGCGCGGUACGGAGUCAGCGUUCUUUGGCGAGCUACACUCGACGCUGGCGCCCCCUGCCGCGCCCGACCACGACUGGCAACACACCCUCUCACUUAUACUCAAAGGCCUCAUCUUCACAACCAUUAUCAUUGGAGCUCUCUUCGGCAACGCCCUCGUCAUCAUAUCUGUCCACAGACAUAGGAAACUUCGCGUCCUGACAAACUAUUACGUAGUCAGUCUAGCUGUGGCUGACAUGCUCGUCGCACUAUGCGCGAUGACCUUUAACGCUAGCGCCGAACUGACUGAUACGUGGCUUUUCGGCCCUUUAGUCUGUGAUAUCUUCAAUUCCCUCGACGUGUACUUCUCCAGUGCGUCGAUACUUCACCUUUGCUGCAUAUCCGUUGACCGAUACUACGCUAUAGUCAGGCCUUUAGAAUACCCAGUCACGAUGACUCAUAGAACUGUCUGUUUCAUGCUGGCAAACGUAUGGUUGUGGCCUGCUUUUAUAAGUUUUGUGCCAAUAUUCAUGGGCUGGUACACAACCGAACAGCAUCGACAAGAAAGAUUACAUCAUCCAGAUGUAUGUAUGUUCAAAGUGAACAUGGUUUACGCAAUAGUGUCGUCGAGUGUUUCAUUCUGGAUACCCAGUUUGGUCAUGAUUUCAAUGUACUGCCGGAUAUUUAGAGAAGCGAUAAGACAAAGAGAAGCAUUAACGAGAACAUCAUCGAACAUUCUUCUGAAUUCUGUCCAUAUGAAGCACACGUCGCAUUCGGCGCAUCACUCGCACUAUCUGCAUCCUGAGAGAAGACCUUCUGACAUCAGUCCAAACUAUAGUACGUUUACAGAAGUAGGGCCUGAAGAGACUGAAUUUGGUGGGGAAGUGAUGAUGGCUAUAGGCGACAUUUGUCCAAGUAAGGAGGCUAGUCCGAGGAAGUCGGUCAAUGUGAGCUGUGAUACAGCUAGUUCUGGAUAUUGUUCUGGAGGAUCGAAUAAGAGGUCGUCGAGUGGACAGCCACCUCCUGGCUGGAGACCAAGUUGCUCAUCUGCCGUAGCCACCAGAGACCUAGCGAAAGCAGCUACAGAAUUAAACGCUCAAGGUGCUUCUUUAAGAGCGGCGGGCAAGUCUUGGCGAGCCGAGCAUAAGGCAGCGCGCACACUCGGCAUCAUAGUCGGCGCGUUUUUAUUGUGUUGGCUGCCAUUUUUUCUUUGGUACGUCACAACAAACUUAUGUGGAGAGCCUUGAACUCCAUCAGUCGUCGGCGUCCUUUUCUGGAUGCAAUCAAGCAAUAACCUCAUAUACGCGUAUUUCAACCGCGACUUUCGAGACGGUUCAAAAACACGCUCAUGCGCACUGCCUUGCUGCUUCAGUUGCUGGAAGGACACAGGAACGGCACAGUUCGUGUAG